GAUAAAUAGUCCUAAAACCAUGUUGCCUCGCGGUUAGUCACGAGAUUAUUCAUUUUUUUUGCUAGAGUUGUUCCUCAACUAACAGCACAGUGCAGGCUGCAUCAUGAUUUAACAAUAGCACUACAUUCUGCGGGGUGGAAACUGCGGGCCCUGAAAAAACGGUGAACCCGGAAAUCCAGGGGAAAAACUCAGAAGGAGUUGUAUGGGUAUUAAAAAGCAGCUGUGUACAUUAUUGAGUUGGAAGCAACAUGGCGGCCGGAGUGUGCAGUUGAACUGGCGACACGGUAAUAGUUGCAUUGCCAUCGACGCGGCUUGGUGGCGAGUCAGCUUUGGAAGACAAUAGAUGCGUCAGUGGCUUUGUUUUUAGAUUUGUAUGAGUCAUUGGACGGGACCGUUCAGUAACCUGACUUACUCUCUCCGGGAAGAUGUUCUCCUCAGAUGGUAGAGGCUGGGGUUAUGACCAGGAUGAGGAGGUUAUUGGCGCGAUGGGAUGCCAUCUGACCUGGAUGGAUCUCCAUGGUAUUGACAGGAGGACCCUGACACGGGAGAAGGAACUGUUGGAAGGGAAAGAGGUUGACUUCCAGACCAGACCUUCCCUCUGGCUCUCCGUGACCAAUCUCCUUGGCUUCGUCUACUACUCCCUAGGGAUGAUCCAAGAGGCUGAGGAGAAGUUUGAAGAGGUGCUGACCAAGGAUGCCAACAACAUGAAUGCUGUGGGGAAUCUGAUGGUCAUCUACAGGAGGCAGUCCCGGAUGACGCAGUACAGAGCUAGCUUGAAGAUCCUCCGGGAGCUACUGGCCAAGAGGGAUGCCCUCCACCUUGCUCGGUCUUACGCUGACCGGGCCUUCGCCCUCCGUAACUUUCAGGAGCACCGGAGAUGCUUCACAUACCUGUCGCACAUCAGUAAAGCAGUGCAGUGUGCUGAGGGGGCGGUGACAACUCCCGAGAGAGCCGAGUGGAUGUACGACUAUGGCCUGGCACUGCACCGGCGGUACAUGCAGAUGCUGGACAGUGGAGUGGUCCAGGAAGAGAGAGAAGCCGAACAAGGGAUGCGGGAGGUUGUAGAAUGCUUUCAUCGAGUGACCGGGAUAGAGGGAGUGAGCUUGGAUCUCCAAGGACUGUCCUGGGUUUAUAUAGGCACCCUUCUCUCGGCUUGUCCUGGAAAAACACUGGCAGAUGCUCUGGAAGACGAUACCUGUACCUUCACGGCCACCGAUUGCUUCGCAAAAGCUCUAGAUCUUCAGCCAGACAAUGCUGAAGUCCUGGGAAACAUCGGAGCUCAGUUCAUGGAACUCAAGAUGUAUGAUCGGGCAAAGGAGCUUCUAGACAGAAGCCUACUCAAGAAGGAGUCUUGGCUCGCAUUCAGGGGCCGUGCUUUGGUAUCCAUGAAGAUGUACGAAGACCAAGACCUCCAGACUCAACUCUCGAAAGACAAGUUGGAUGGACUCUUGCAAGGAGCUCUCUCUGAUUUAUCUCGGGCAGUGGAAUUAAAGGAGACCCAUGCUGACUUCUCCGACCUGGGUUAUGUCUACUUUUUGUUGAAGCAGCCAUACAAAGCUCUUCGGUACUUCAGCAACGCCAUCAAGAGCGACCAGGAUGACAACUUUGAUCCUUCGCUGACCCACGAGCGCUGGGCCAAGUGCCUGACAUCUCUUGGAGAGGAGGAAGGCGCCGCCAUGCAGUCCAGGCAGAAAGAGAAGUCACGUGGGAGGAUGAGGGAGCAGGCAACUGCUCUCGAGGAAGCCUGGCGGCACCGUCACGGCGUCAACUGCCAGGGAUUUGAGUGCGACUUGGCCCGCUUUGACUACUGCGCCGAGGACCGGCCGGGCUACGCAAACGUUCUUGGGGAUGAUUCUCCCACACCGGAUGUGGUACGCUACGUUAGUCGCAACCAGGGCGCCUUUAAGUAUGACUUCUUCAUCAGCUUCUCUCACAUCGACCACAAGUGGACAGUAGCACUGGUCAAGCGGCUGGAAAAGGAGUUUAACGUCAGAGGGAACAUCAGAUACAGAGAUUAUCAGCUUGGGGCAGCCAUUGCAGAGAACAUUGCAGAGUCUGUGACAAACUCUUACCGCACUUUGAUCAUCAUGACUCCUGACUCCCUCAGAGAUCAGUGGUGUCGAUACGAAGUUCAGCGGGCUCACAUGACGAACCUGCAGCGGCCCUGCGUCGUACCCAUCAUGCUUCGCCCCUGCCUCGUGCCCAGGGAGCUGGAGCACCUGACUUUCAUCAGGUGCCAGAAGGGGCAGUUCAAGGCCGAGGACUGGUACCGUCUCGGCCAAUCACUUUGCCAGUUUAGCCAGGAUGUACAACCUCAUUGGCCGGAGAGACGUGGAGAUGACACAGACACGCGCUGAUUGGCCAAUCACAGAUGAGAAUUACAGAUGGUGUCAUCUGAACGUAUUACUGAUUGGUUGCAGUGGCACAUAUCUGAUUUCAUUUUUAUUCGCUGUGAAUCCAGUUAUCUUAAGGCUUGGGGAAAACAAAAGGAUUUUUUUCCCCUCUAGUUUGGGGCUUUUGAAGCCUUUAAAAUGAGAGAUGUCUGAUUUGGGCAAGGGGC